UUUCCCUGCUGAACUCGAUGAUCUCUUUUGAGAUACGCAAGUAACGCCACUGCUCAGGCGCUCAAAGCACUUACAGAGUCCAAACCCUAAACCCUGCCAGCGGCCUUGUUGCAUAGAGCCGCGGUAACUGCCUUCUGCUUUUCCCGCCAUGGAAGGCUUGGAAAUGCAGGAAGCGUCGCUCACCAUGGAAGAAACCGAUGAUCUCUGCAGCUCUAUCUUCUCUCGAUUCAGCAACUCCACUCAAGAAGACCAUCAGCGCCUCUGCGCAGUCGUCGGCGCCAUGUCUCAGGAACUCAAAGACCAGAACCUCCCUUUAACACCACUAGCUUACUUUGGCGCUACCGUCUCUUCUCUACAUCGCCUCUCAACCGAAUCCGAAGCAUCCGAUCCUGUAAUUGCCGGUCUUCUCACUCUUCUGUCCAUGGUUCUCCCGAGGGUCUCCGUGGCUGUUCUUAGAAAAAAAAGGGAUUUUGCAUCGGGGCCGGUGGUUCGAGUCCUUCGUAAUCAGUCUGCAACCGUUACUGCGUUGACAUCGGGAUUGAAGUGUAUUUCGCAUUUGCUCAUAGUGGGUGACAAGGCUAGUUGGUCGGAGAUAGCUGACCUUUAUGCGCUGCUUCUUGGCUUUGUCACCGACUCUCGCCCUAAGGUGAGAAAGCAGUGCCAUCUUUGUCUUCGCGAUGUCCUGCAAAGUUUUCAAAGAUCAGCAGUAUUGGCACCUAGUAGCGAAGGGAUCACAAAAGUCUUUGAAAAGUCUCUCCUGCUUGCUGGUGGAUCAAAUUCUACUGCAUCUGAAGGACCCAAGGGAGCUCAGGAGGUUCUAUAUAUUCUUGAUGCUCUAAAAGAUUGUCUUCCUCUUAUGUCAUUAAAGUUGACGGCUAGCAUCCUAAAGUACUUUAAGUCUCUUAUCGAACUUCAUCAGCCACUUGUUACUAGACGAAUAACAGAUUGUUUGCAAGCACUUUGUCUCCAUCCAACUUCAGAAGUUUCACCUGAACCACUGCUUGAUCUUUUGUGUUCGUUAGCAUCUUCAGUAUCUGUCAAUGAGAAGUCGGUGGAUGCCAUGACCUUCACUGCUCGCUUGCUUGAUGUUGGUAUUAGAAAAGUUUAUAAUAUGAAUAGGCAAAAUUGUGUGGUUAAGCUCCCUCUUGUAUUCAAUGCACUUGGAGAAAUUUUGGCCUGUGAGCAUGAGGAGGCCUUAGUUGCAGCCAACGAGGCAUUGAGAAGUCUAAUACAUGCAUGCAUUGAUGAAAGCUUGAUUAAACAAGGAGUGGAUCAGCUUAUGGAAAAUGCAAAGGGAGAAUCACGAAAAUCUGGACCAACCAUAAUAGAAAAGAUAUGUGCUACUAUUGAGARUUUCCUUGGUUAUCGAUAUAAUGCAGUUUGGGACUCGUCAUUUCAGAUUGUUUCAGCAAUGUUUGAUAAGUUAGGGAAAUAUUCUUCUCAUCUGUUGACGGGAAUAAUUAAGAGCUUAGUGGACUUGCAGAAGCUGCCAGAUGAAGAUCUCCUCUACAGAAAACAGCUGCAUGAAUGUAUUGGAUCAGCUCUGGGAGCAAUUGGACCCGAAACGUUCUUAAGCCUAAUACCUCUUAAUUUAGAGGAUGAAGACAUUACUGAGGCCAAUAUUUGGCUGUUUCCUAUUCUGAAGCAAUAUACAGUAGGUGCCCAUUUAAGUUUCUUUGCAAAGUCAAUUUUGGGCAUGGUUGGACUUGUAAGGCAGAAAGCCCGGAUGCUUGAGCAAGAGGGACGACUUUUCUCUUCAAGGAGUACUGAAGUACUUGUGUAUUCACUAUGGUCCUUAUUGCCUUCCUUUUGCAACUAUCCUGCAGACACUGCUCAUAGCUUUAAGAAUCUAGAAAAUUCCCUAUGCACUGCCCUUCGUGAAGAGCCAGAUGUGCGUGGAAUCAUAUGUUCCAGUUUGCAGAUUCUCAUUCAGCAGAACAGGAGAUUGCUGGAGGAAAAUAAUGAUACAUCUAAUGAUGAUAUUAGCAUCCCCAAGCAUAAAGCUAUGGCCUGUUACACACCACAGGUUGCAACUGACAAUUUAAAUGCACUGAAGGCAUCUGCCCCCAAGUUAUUGCAAGUCUUAUCUGGGAUAUUCAUGAAAGCUUCAAAAGAUUGUGGCGGAUGUUUGCAGUCCACAAUUGGUGAGCUUGCUUCCAUUUCGGAUAAGGAUUUAGUUGAGAAGUUCUUCAAAACCACAAUGCAGAAGCUUCUAAAAGUAACUCAAGAAGCUCAGGCUCAUAAAGCAAAACAGCUUAGAAAUUCCAGUUCUAUGCAGAUUGACAAUUCAGCCAAUGAAAGUUCACCAUCACUUUUGAGGGCACAACUAUUAGAUUUAGCUGUGUCACUUUUGCCUGGGUUGGAUGUCAGAGCAGUUGAUGUGUUAUUUCAUGCAAUAAAGCCUGUUUUAGAGGAUGAUGAAGGCUUUGUGCAGAAAAAGGCAUACAAGAUCCUUUCAAUUAUCCUUAGGGACCGUGCUGAGUUCCUUUCAACUAAGCUGGAUGAUUUACUUGAUUUGAUGAUCAAAGUGUUGCCGUUCUGUCAUUUUUCUGCCAAACGCCAUAGACUUGACUGUUUGUACUUCUUGAUUGUCCAUGUUUCUAAGGAUGCAUCAGUGCAAAGGAAACAUGAGAUCAUUAGUUCUUUUCUAACUGAAUUAGUACUUGCAUUGAAAGAGGCUAACAAGAAGACAAGAAAUAAGGCUUAUGACAUACUUGUCCAAAUUGGCCAUGCCUGUGGAGAUGAAAACAAGGGUGGCAAGAAGGAAAACUUGCUACAGUUUUUUAAUAUGGUAGCUGGAGGCCUGGCUGGUGAAACACCUCACAUGAUCAGUGCUGCAGUCAAAGGUUUAGCUCGUUUGGCUUAUGAGUUCUCAGAUCUUCUUUCUGCAGCUUAUAAUGUGCUCCCAUCUGCAUUCCUCCUCUUGGAAAGAAAGAACAAAGAAAUAAUCAAAGCUAAUUUAGGUCUGCUGAAGGUGUUGGUGGCCAAAUCGCAAGCUGACUGGCUGCAAAUGCACUUGAAGAGCAUGGUCGAAGGACUACUGAGGUGGCAGGAUGACACCAAGAAGCAUUUUAAGGCCAAGGUCAAGCUGCUUCUGGGAAUGCUAAUUAAGAAAUGUGGUUUAGAUGCUGUAAAAGCAGUAAUGCCUGAAGAACACAUGAAACUUCUCACUAAUAUAAGAAAGAUUAAGGAACGGAAAGAACGAAGAACUGCAGUGGGCUCUGAAGAAGCUAGUUCGCUUCACUCUAAAGCUACUACAUCCAGGAUAAGCAGAUGGAAUCAUACAAAAAUAUUUUCGGAUUAUGGGGACGAGGAGAGCGAGGAUACAGAUGGAGAUUACACGGAAGCUGAGAUGAUGUCUGGUCGACGGAGCAAGGCUUCCUCUGAGUUCAAAUCCAAACAAUCUUCAUUAAGGUCAAGACAAAUACAUCGAUCAGAUAAGAGCUUGCCAGAGGACAUGCUUGAUCAAUUAGGAGAUGAUCCACUUGAUUUGUUGGACCGGCAGAAGACAAGGUCAUCUCUCCAUUCCUCUAAACAACUCAAACGGAAGCAAGAUUCAGAUGAUGAACCAGAGAUAGAUUUCGAAGGGCGGUUGGUGAUUCGUGAUGUUCAUGAGCGUGGAAAACCAAAGAAAGAUACGAUGAACGAUCCUGACAUGGAUGCAAUAAGCCAAGCAGGGAGCCAAGUGUCUGCAAAGUCAUCAAAGCAAUCCAAGAAGCGCAUGAAAACAUCAGAUUCUGGGUGGGCAUACACAGGGAGUGAGUAUGCUAGCAACAAGGCUGGUGGGGAUGUGAAAAGGAAGGACAAGCUGGAGCCUUAUGCAUAUUGGCCACUUGAUCGCAAGAUGCUGAGCCGUAGGCCCGAGCAUCGUGCAGCUGCGAGGAAGGGUAUGGCAAGUGUUGUGAAAUUGACCCAAAAACUUGAAGGGAAAAGUGCUUCACUUGCUAUAAAGGGUUUGAACUUCAAAAAGAAAACGAAAAAAAGCAACAAGAAAAGCAGGUAAGGGGGAGUGGCGUCUGUAAUUGGAACCAUUGAUACGAGGGCCUGGGUAUUUAUUAGUUUUUAUUCUUUGGUUGGUUUUCUUUUUUCACCUAAAGAGCUUAGGGGUUACCCAAAUCCAUCCAUUUGAGUUGCGGGUCAAGUAUGGUUCGAAUUUGUAGAGAGCUCGUCAUUUGUGCUAUUCAUUUACUGGGGUGUAAUGUGAUUUUCUUGUAAACCUAAAAAGUACAAAGUAAUCGGAAAUUCGGAAUGGAUACAUGCACCCGAUUUCUUUCUUGUUGAACCAUUUUCUCGUUAAAUCAAUCAUAAACACUACAAAGUGUCUAUGUAAUAUUUGGGGUCAAUGAUAAAUACCCCGCCGAACUUUCAUUUGUGACAAAUACCCCCCUUUGGAGUUCUGUUA